AUGUUGAGGUUCUCUUGUUCACGGCUGACUAUAGAGCGUCUGGAUCCUUUGGUGUCGCCCGGCCAGAUACAGAGUCCGCAUACGCACCAGGUUGGGGGAGGGAACUCGUUCCAGGCCUCCAUGUCGCCUACGGCUUUAGACCCUGUUGAAAAUUCUACGUGUACUUCGUGUACCUUUUCCGAGGAUUUCAGCAACUACUGGACCGCGAAUCUUUACUUCCGCGCUCGCAACGGCACUUUAAAGAGAGUCCCACAGUUGGUGAACAUGGGGCUCAAAGCCGAUGGCGGGAUAACCGUGUACUAUAUCCCACCGUACGAUGGGAAGUCUAAAGUCACAGCGUUCAAGCCUGGCUUCCGCAUGCUCGUAGGCGAUCCCACGUUGCGCUCCGGCGAAACCCAACAACGCCAGCUCUGCCACCGAUGCUUCACGACAGUCAACCAAGUGCCCUUUGGCGGCGCCCCCUGCAUGGGACCGAUGGACACCCAGGAGCUCCCGCCAGGGUUCUGCCAGGGCGGGAUUCGCACGACGAUCACGUUCCCGACGUGCUGGGACGGCAUCAAUCUCGACUCGCCCGACCACAAGAGCCAUGUCGCGUAUCCCGUGAACGGCACCUUCGAAUCGCUGGCCCCGUGCCCUCCGAGCCACCCCGUCAAAUUACCGCAACUCAUGUACGAGAUCAUGUGGGACACGCGCCAUUUCAAUUCCCGGGAUCUCUGGCCCGAGGACGGAUCGCAGCCUUUUGUGUACUCUAUGGGUGAUGGCACGGGCUACGGUCAACACGGCGACUACAUCUUCGGAUGGAAAGACGACUCGCUUCAGCGUGCGCUCGAUGCGCGGUGCAGCAAUGACUACUGCUCGGAACUCAAGAGGCAGACUGCGGACGAAGCCAUGCAGUGUACGCUCAAACAGACUGUCCCAGAGGACGUUGAAGGAUGGAUGACGAAGCUUCCGGGAGACUGGGAUAUCACAUACAAUUAA